AUGUCUGGUGAGCUCUUGCCGGCUACCGACGCUGUGCUCCGAACGGCCCAGCCCAGCGUUGCAAGUCUCCGGGAGGCACUCAGGCCUUUUCUCUGGCAGCUGGGGAAGUAUCCACAAGCCAGCACUCGGGUCUUGAGCGAGCUCGGGCGCCUGAAGAGGGCAUCGCUCGCGCUGCUGGUGUUGGAUGCUUUGCGGAGCUGCUCUUGUGAGGUGAACGCCUUCCAUUUCGGUGCAUGCAUCAAUGCAUGUGCCAAGGCCGAAUCCUGGAGACCUGCUUUGGGGCUUCUGCAGCAGAUGCAAGCCGUGCGCGUGGAGCAUAAUACGGUAACCUUCAGUGCCUGCAUCAAUGCAUGCGAGAAGUGCCACAAGUGGGAGUCUGCUGUGGAGCUGUUGUCUCAGAUGACACGGAAGAGGGUGGACAAAAACUUGAUUACUUACAGCGCCUGCAUCAGUGCAUGUGCUACUUCCGGCCAGUGGGAGCAGUCGCUGAGCCUGCUGCACAGCAUGCGAUCUUCAACGAUUUCACCAGACCUGGUGGCCUGCAAUGCAUGCAUCACGAGCUGCGCCCGGGGAGCUCAGUCGCAAAUGGCUGCUGGGCUCUGGCAGGAGAUGCCAAGCUUGCGGCUGAGCCCUGAUGUAGUUUCCUACAGCGCUGUCUUCGAAGCCUGUGAAGAGACCAGGCAAUGGGAGCAGACAAUGCAACUCUGUGAGCAAAUGCAACACCAAAGCGUUCAGCUCGAUGACUUCGGAUACAAUGCUGUCAUUGGCGCCUUCUCGCGCGCCGGGAAGUGGGACUUGGCGUUGCGAAUGCUGGCGCUGAAGGAGUCAAGCGGCUACGCGGUCGACGUCCAUGCCUGCAGCGCCUCAGUGAGUGUCUGCGAGAGGGCCGGCCGUUGGGAGGAGGUUUUGAGGCUUUGGCCGACACUGCAGAAGGUGCAAGAGGAGGCCAACCGGAAAGAGAGUCAGCUCUAUGAGUUCAGCUCGACUGGCCCAGAGGACAUCACGAAACACCUGGAGAGGGCGCUGGAGCUACAGUGGCUUGUUGGGUAUCCGUUCCUGGCCGCAGGCCACGAUCAGCUCACCCAUGGCUUCUACAAGUAUGUUGCAGGAAUGCAGGCCUUGUGUGCUCGGGCGCUUUUCGUGCUGAUCCCUGAGGCCAAGACUGUCAUGGACAUGUUCUGCGGAUCGGGCACCGUUCUCGUGGAGGGACGUGCUGCUGGCAAGGACGUGAUUGGUUGCGACGUGUCGCCUCUUGCGCUCUUUGCGGCAGCACACCACACCGACGCCCAAGGCCUCGAUCUCGAGUUAUUCCUUGCGAAAAGCCGAGAGCUUGCUCAUGGCAUGAGGCUGAAGAGCCAAACUUGGAAGUAUCUGCGCUCCCGGAUCGCAAAGGAGGAGCCCGGUGGGCUCCGGGAUGCUCUGCACUUUGUGCUCCUGGUCUCUUUGAGCCGAGCUCGUGAUCGGACCUACCUCCAUUCUUCUUCAAAGGAGUGGGGAGACCGUGGGCUCGCCGGGGAAGCCUCAGAAGGCCUUUUGGAGGAGGACCUCAUGGAGGCGCCGGCCCUGUUUCAUGGUGUCGCCCAGCUCUAUGCCGCGCGGCUCCGGUCCCUGCGGGAGGCCAUGCCCAGAGAAGGCGACGUCCGGAUCCAUCGCUGUGACAAUCGGAUUCUGCGGCUUCCAGAGCAGGUGGAUGCGAUCAUCACCGGCCCGCCGUAUCCUGGAGUCUAUGACUAUCAUGAACCAGCAAGUGCUUCCGCCGAUCUUCUCGGUGGUCAGAUUCUCUACGACUUCUGUGCGCCAGGUUCCACUGUGGGCGGUGGCCGAGUGCCCACAGUGGAAGACCAGGCGGGCCACCUGGGCUUGAGCUCAUCCGACUAUGCCCCAGGAAGGGAGAUCGGACAAAACCGUGACUGGCUUGAGGAAGGCACGGAUUACGUAUCCAAGUGGCGUGAGGAGCAAGAAGCCUGGCUUGCCUCGGCCUUCAGGAAUCUCCGUGCUGGAGGAACGUCCACGCUAAUGAUCGGCGACGGCGAUGCGGCAGCAAUGGGCGACGGCGGCUUCGACAACUUGAGACCCACAGUGGAGGCAGCUGAGAAGGUCGGCUUUCGCCUGAUAGCGACAGCUUCAAUCCGAGGAAAGAGCAAGCAUCCAAAGCAGCCGAAAGGCAUGAAGCGAACAGAGCAUAUGGUGCACUUGCUCAAGCCACCGUGA